AUGUCGUUCAUUCCGCCUGAGAUCUAUCUGGGUAUCGCGCAUGCCAAUCAAGUGAACGCCUACAACUCCAUUGCUUGUGCCAGCUGGCUGGUCUAUAACAACAUUAUACAUUUUGGAGAAGAGGUAACAUUCAUUACCAACUUUUGGACGUCAGGGAGGCUGAAUGAGCUUGUUAAGGUGGAUGCUAUUUGGAAGGCGCGAUGGACGGGCAUCAAGCUCCUCUAUGUUGUUAUGAGAUACUUCGGCCCAACAUGGCUUAUAUACAAUUUUGCAAUGAAUGCGAUUUCGGGCGCCCAUCUAUCAUUGUUACUGCAAGUUGUUAGUGGUUUUCCAGACGUUUGUUUCCCCCUUUCUAGUGGUCCAAUGCUUCUCUCAAUCACGACGGAUACGAUAAUUCUGGUUCGGUUGCGGGUUUGGUAUGAGGCAGAGUCAUAUAAGCUCCAGUAUGGUUUUAUACUUGCCUACUAUGGCUUGAUCGCUAUAGUUUGUCCAAGCGUGCUUGCUUCUUCGGUAACCGCAAAUGCUCCUGUUCCCGGUAUUCGAGGAUGUGUGCCUCCUUUCAUAGCUCAAGAACAUCUAUACUUGGCAAAAACACCUCUGAUGCUGCAACUUAGUAUGAACAUCGUGAUCCUCGCCUUGACAUUGAUUAAAUUUCUGCAAACAAUCUAUUUGAAGGAUGUUGGUAAAUCUACGACUAUAAGUUUCCAAUCUCUUUUUGGGAUUUUCUUUGCAGAGGGAGUAUUGUAUUUUGUGGGCUACAUUGGCACCUACCUAGUUUCAACAAUCAUCAUAUGGGGAAAGCCAGCGCUUCUGGCAUACGUCAACGUUUCACAAUGCUAUGCAGUAACUAUUGAUCUGUUUCUCAUACUGCAACUGGUCAUGACUAAUAUUUUCCGGCAUCAGGGAAGCAGCCUCAUUCUUCAUCUGCGAAUAGCCGGUCGUGCCUCGUUACGGCAACCCGUCACCUUCAAUAACUGUACGGAUCUCAUAUUCAGAAUAGACCAGCAAUUAGACGCGCAGAGGCAGUCCGUGGAGACGAGAGUAAAUUAA